GCACGUUGGUGAGGGGUUGAGCCCACCGCAGCGUGUGCUCGGUGGCCCCCGCACGCCCGCCACCGGGAGGCGCUGUGGGCCGCAGGGGCGCAGACGCUCCGGCCGUAAAUGGUACUGCGCGUCGCACCGCCGUCCCUCGCGUACUGACUGUGGCGGCGGGUUCGGGCCGGGCCGGGACGCAGCCACACCGAAUACCGGCAGAGAGCCCGGGGGCUUAGCCCCCGCCGCCCCCCUCCUCCACCACCACCGCCGGCCAGUGCAAGCCUUCGUUCUGCCGGGCCGCCAUGGAGAGCACCGAGGAAGAUAUAUGUCGGGUGUGUCGGUCAGAAGGAACACCAGAUAAACCACUUUACCAUCCUUGUGUGUGCACUGGCAGUAUAAAAUUUAUCCAUCAGGAAUGUUUAGUUCAGUGGCUCAAACACAGCAGAAAAGAAUAUUGUGAACUAUGCAAACAUCGAUUUGCUUUUACACCAAUUUAUUCUCCAGAUAUGCCAUCGAGACUUCCAAUUCAGGAUAUUUUUGCAGGAUUGGUUACAAGUAUUGGUACAGCAAUAAGAUACUGGUUCCAUUACACAUUGGUGGCCUUUGCAUGGCUAGGGGUUGUACCUCUUACAGCAUGUCGUAUCUACAAAUGUUUGUUUACUGGCUCUGUGAGCUCACUGUUGACACUGCCACUGGAUAUGUUAUCCACGGAGAAUUUGUUGGCAGACUCUUUGCAGGGUUGUUUUGUGGUAACAUGCACACUAUGUGCAUUCAUUAGCCUUGUCUGGUUACGAGAACAAAUCGUACAUGGUGGAGCUCCACAAUGGCUAGAACAAAAUCAAGCUCAACCACCCAAUGGAGUGGGACAACAGAAUGAGCCUCAAGCUGCACCAAAUGCUGCAGCAGAGAAUCCCCAAGUUCCUCAACCAGCUGAAGAGCCAGAAGGAAAUGUAGCAGCAGCUGCCGGGGCCGCCCCUGUAGUGGCUGAGAAUGCCAACGUUCGUGCAGAUGAGGGUGAGAAUGAGGACGACGAGAAUGAGGAGGAUGAUGAUGCAGUGGUCGAAGAUGGUGCUGAUGGCAACAAUGGUGCUCAAGAUGACAUGAACUGGAAUGCUCUAGAAUGGGACAGGGCUGCAGAAGAACUUACAUGGGAGCGUAUGCUUGGAUUGGAUGGUUCACUUGUAUUCUUGGAACAUGUCUUCUGGGUAGUUUCUUUAAAUACGCUUUUUAUUCUUGUGUUUGCAUUCUGUCCUUACCACAUCGGACACUUUUCAGUUGUUGGUUUGGGUUUUGAGGAGUAUGUAAGUACCAAAGAUACGGUUCAAGCCUCACAUUUUGAAGGCCUGAUAACAACUAUUGUGGGCUAUGUGUUGCUGGCUAUGACUUUAAUAAUCUGUCAUGGGUUGGCUGCACUGGUGAAGUUUCAGAGGUCCCGACGUUUAUUGGGCGUCUGCUAUAUUGUUGUUAAGGUGUCUUUACUGGUGGUUGUGGAAAUUGGUGUGUUCCCUCUUAUCUGUGGCUGGUGGCUUGAUAUCUGUUCACUGGAAAUGUUUGAUGCUACUUUGAAAGACCGUGAACUGAGUUUUCAAUCUGCGCCUGGAACCACAAUGUUUCUACACUGGUUGGUGGGGAUGGUCUACGUCUUCUACUUUGCAUCUUUCAUUCUUCUACUCAGAGAGGUGUUGAGACCUGGAGUCUUAUGGUUUUUAAGAAAUUUGAAUGAUCCAGACUUCAACCCAGUUCAGGAGAUGAUCCAUUUACCCAUAUAUAGACAUUUCAGACGUUUUAUAUUGUCUGUGAUCGUCUUUGGGUCAAUAGUCCUUCUGAUGCUUUGGUUACCAAUUCGUAUUAUUAAGACUCUGCUCCCUGAUUUUCUACCAUACAAUGUAAUGCUUUACAGUGAUGCCCCAGUCAGUGAGCUGUCUCUGGAGCUUCUGCUUUUGCAGGUAGUUUUGCCGGCCCUACUGGAACAAGGACACACCCGGCAGUGGUUGAAGGGCCUGGUUCGAGCUUGGACUGUCACAGCUGGGUAUUUGCUGGAUCUACACUCAUAUUUGCUUGGAGACCAGGAGGAAAAUGAGAACAAUGCCAACCAGCAGGCAAACAAUAAUCAGCAGCCUCGUAACAACAAUGCCAUUCCUAUAGUCGGGGAAGGGCUUCAUGCAGCCCACCAGGCCAUACUGCAACAGGGUGGGCCUGUGGGCUUCCAGCCUUAUCGGAAACCUUUACAGUUUCCUCUUAGGAUCCUGUUAUUGGUAAUCUUCAUGUGUCUAACUUUGCUGAUUGCCAGUCUCAUCUGCCUCACAUUACCAGUUUCAGCAGGUCGUUGGUUGAUGUCAUUUUGGACUGGGAGUGCCAAAAUUCAUGAACUAUACACAGCUGCCUGCGGAUUGUAUAUCUGCUGGUUGACUAUCCGAGCAAUUACAGUGCUAGCUGCCUGGAUGCCACAGGGGCGAGAUGUUAUUUUUCAGAAACUAAAGGAGUGGUCCCUCAUGAUCGUGAAAACAUUAGUAGUGGCCUUGUUGUUGGCUGGAAUGGUUCCUCUUCUUUUAGGACUUUUGUUUGAAUUAGUUAUUGUAGCUCCCUUAAGAGUACCUCUGGAUCAGACACCUCUCUUUUACCCAUGGCAGGACUGGGCUCUUGGUGUUCUUCAUGCAAAAAUAAUUGCUGCUAUAACACUGAUGGGACCUCAGUGGUGGCUAAAAACUGUUAUUGAACAGGUCUAUGCAAAUGGCAUUCGAAACAUUGAUUUGCAUUUUAUAAUUUGCAAACUAGCAGCACCAGUCAUUGCAGUGUUGCUGUUGUCACUCUGCCUGCCCUAUGUCAUUGCUGCCGGCAUUGUACCACUGCUGGGUGUAACUACUGAGAUGCAGAAUCUAGUCCAGCGUCGAAUUUAUCCUUUCCUUCUAAUGGUGGUGAUAUUGAUGGGAGUCUUAUCCUUCCAAAUCCGUCAGUUCAAGCGCCUAUAUGAGCACAUUAAAAAUGACAAGUAUCUCGUUGGUCAGCGGCUUGUUAACUAUGAGCGAAAGACUGGUAAACAAACAAUGACAACUGCAUCACCUUCUUCUGAAGAGUAAUGGGUUUUGACUGACCCAACCUUUCCUCCUAUGUGUUUCCUACCACACAAUCCCACGAAACCCCCUCCCCAAGCCCCAACUUCUCCCUUUUCCCAUUGCUUACAUCCAGCAAAAAAGUCCUACAGUCCUGUCUGGUAACUGUAUAUGUGUAAAUAUAAUGAACAUUCUGAGCCCCUUUAAAGAUAAAUGAAUGUGCAUUGUAAAUCUUAAAAUAUGUAUAUUAAUUUAUUAAAUGUAGUCAUCACUUUAUUUGGACUAUUGUCCUACAUUUUGGGAGUGACGGUGGCAUAGAGGCAAUAUAAUGAGGUGUUUGAAUACUUCAUAAGCUCACUUUUUUAGAAAUGUUCAUAAUGGCUGAUGUUUUAAUACAGAAUAAAAAUAAACUAUUAAGCAGGAAAAGAAAAACAAAGCUGCAAAUGAAUGGCAACAAUGAGAGCUUUUGUUUAAUUUUGGCUAUAUCUUGCAACAGCCAUACAUGUUUAGCCAUACAUUGUAAAUAUACUUAUGUGAUAUACCAUAUUGAUGGCAAUGAUGGAGCAUGAUGGUAACAACAUGAGUGGCCCAAAACGUAUACCACAAAUAACUGGUGCACGUAAUGUUUGUGCAGCCUUGGAAAAAUGUUACUUUUCUUUUAAAAUUUGUUCAAUGACUGUCACAGAAUUAACUUCAUAAUACAAUUCUAAUCUUUUGUAGGUAUGGAAUUUGGAGGCAGGGUCAGUUUUGCACUAUCUAAAUUUUAAAAAAUUGACAUUCUUCUUUUAGUAAAGUUGAUGUUUAGUGUGCUUCGCUCAGACACUGAAGAAUGUCUAGGUUUUCCAACAUCUACACAAUUCAGAAUAAAAUGUGGGAAGCAAUCCCUUGAAUAUGUAGCCAUGUCCUUCUGUACUGUGUAAAUGCCCAGUACUGUGAAUGGCUAUCCAAAAUGUUUAGCUAGAUUAUAUUCUAAAGAAACCGUGCUAAACAAUUACAAUCUGGUGACAAUGCCUUUUCGUAAAUGGGGACUGUUGUAUAUCUUAGAUGAGGCCAAGUACAUAAAAAUUUGAAUAUAUAGAUUUUCAGUAUGAACUUGUGUAUUCCUGUAAUUGUUUUUAAAAGUUAUGUGCUGUAAAUGUAGAUGACGAAAAUGGGUACACUUGGCUUAAACUGGACAACAGUUAAUGUGAUUUUCCUGGAUUUGAUUACAUCUUACUAUGAUUUAUAUAAAUUUAUUUUUUUAAAAAAAUCAGUGCAAAAGUGACAUUUAUGCAAAAAUUUAUCUUUAACCUCAAGAUUAUAGCGCAAGUACUUUCAUUUAUGGCUGUCUUUGUACCGUAAGCAUCCAUUACGAUAGUCUUGCAAUGCUGAUGUAUAGUAUUAAAAACCUGAAAAAGUUUACUGAAA